AUGCAAUUAUCAAUCUUUCCAUCAGGGGUUAAUAGAAUCCCAAAUUGCGCUAUUGGAAUUCUGAACCUUUUCAACAUUUGUCUUCUUUCUUCUUAUCGUUUCAACCCCAACAAUUCGGGUAUGAGAGUACAUCCUCUCUCCCUGAAACCAAACAUUGGAGGAAUUCAUUCUAAUUUUUCAGAACAGCAACAACACAUUCCUAAUUCCUCAAUGAAGAAACUCCGGAGACUUUCUCACGUAUUUAACUACUUUCGGGAAUUUUCGUUCUGUUCUGAUGCAGAUGCGGCAAUUGAAGAGAAGGAAGGAUUCUACCGUUUCAUGGCGAAAAUCGAAAUAGAAGGAUCUGGGAAUGGACAAGUGAGGGCAAAGGUAGUAGAGAUUCAUCCUGGGGUAACGAAGAUCAUUGUGAGAAAGGGAAAUGGAGACGGUGAGGAUGAACAAUUGAAUGUGGGUACAUGGAGGUACAGGUUACCUGCUUCGACGAUGCUGGAGUUGGCCACGACGGUAUUUGUGGACGGAGAGCUUAUAGUGACGGGGCCCAAGGAUGACCAUGGCCGUUGA